AUGUCACCGGUUGGUCGCACGGUUGUGCAUAGCUUCAUUGGAGCUUUGGAGACUAUUGGUUGGGCUCCAAAGGCCACUCAGAAGACGGCUGAUUCGCUGGCAACGGGAGCGGACUGUCUGGUUGCAGGAGCGAAGGGGAAACUAUUCACACCGAUGUAUCUGAUGGUUGGUCGGAAACCAGCAGUUUGA